GCCUCAUCUCAUGCCCAAAGCCAUGGAACCAGCUGACCAUGGACUGAAACUUCUGAAACUCUGAAGUCAGCUAUGCUUUGUGAAGCUGCCAGCUGAAGACAGAGAGGCGAGCUCUCUCAGAAACCGUGGCUCUGGAUACGGCUCUGGAUACGGCUUUGUGCCAGCUGGACUGAGCAUGCAGGUCACACUUGCUACGAUGACCUGGACGGUUUCUUUUGUCUCUAGUUAUUCAUAUAAGGCAAACACUUUGCCAGAUAUUGAAAGUGAAGAUUUCAUCAAAGAGUGUAUUCGAAUUCAUAACAAGUUUCGAUCAGAGGUGACUCCAACAGCCAGUGACAUGCUAUACAUGACUUGGGACCCAGCCCUAGCCAAAAUUGCAAAAGCAUGGGCAAAAACUUGUCAGUUUAAACAUAAUCCACAGCUGAAAUCACACCACAGUCUGCACCCAAACUUUACUUCAUUGGGAGAAAAUAUCUGGACUGGGUCUAUACAGUUGUUUUCAGAGUCUUCGGCUAUCUCAAACUGGUACGAUGAAAUUCAAGACUAUGACUUUAACACCCGAAGAUGCACAAAAGUCUGUGGUCAUUACACUCAGAGGCGGCUGGAGCCGUGGUUGAGUGUGUCUAGUGCAGCCCGUGCUGGCAGCAGCCCUCGGAGUGGUCAUCGUGAUGAGUGUACAGACAUGCAGAAUGCGAGGGUUACGGGUCAUGGAGGCGUCCACCAAAGUUUUACAGGAAAGCCUGGUACGCCACGGCAGUGUGACAGGGUGCUGGCUCCUGAAAGCAGUUCCUUAGAGAGUGAGACAUGCAGCUGGGGAGUGAAGCCAAACUACAGUGGAGACCCCAGAAAGUUAGAGGUGCCAGGAACAUGGAACACCUGCUGA